GGUGGAUGCCAAGUGACCGAGCUGGGUAGGUACGGUUGAUUGUGUGUUUGCGCACUAGUUAAUGAAGCUUGUUGCUUAUUAUUUGUAACAAAUCCAACGUGUUGAAUGUCACUUCCACCAUUCACUGGAUUCAUUGGGAAGAUUCACUGUCUGUGAACACCCAAUACUGAUGGCCGUUACCAAGCUUGCUCCGCACCGUGCCAGGCAACCGGACCACUUCGAAAUCAUCGACCAAUGACAAUUGACUUCUCGAGUUCGAACCACUGUGUACACCAAAAUCAAGGCAACUAAUCAAAACACCCCCAUACAAGGCUGCAGGUUGACGACCAUUAUACGGCUCUUUUCCUUAUCACCUCCAGCUUCAGAACUUCUUUUAAGAACUUUCAAAAGAGACUGAGAUCCUUUGACUAUGGUAAAACAAGUUGAACAUCAUCCCCUUCACUUUUGAAGAAUCAGGUCAUGACUUUGCUUUCCAAACCCUCAACUCCGUCAACUUGAUAUCGACCACGUCAAAAGUACAACUUUGAGCCAUCGCCCAGUUAAGAAAACCUUGCUACUUUUCAAAAUUCCUCUUAUUACAUUACCUCAAGAAUAAUUCCAACAGCAUCUGGUAGAUCCCUCAACAAGGCAUAUUUACAAUAUCAAAAUUGGACCAAGAACGUCAUCUCUACAACAAGCUUCCGGCCCCUUUUGAAGUCACAGUGUCAAACGUGUAUCCAACAAUUGCGCUGCACGAUGACACGCAAACAUUUCCUAGCGGAUGUUAAAGAAGCGUCUGAGAAAGGCAUCCCUAACGUCGUCUCAAUCAGUCGGGGAGAUGACGAUGGCGAUGUGAACUUUUGCUUCUUGCAUGAUUCUACAGAACCCAUAGAGAUUGGUCUCUUAGCACUAGAUGUCUCUGGAUAUCCAAGUGGGAAUAAUUUCAUGAUUUUCACCAAGUCUGACGGGGCCCCAAAAGCUGUCAACGAAGCACUGGAACGAUUCAUGACUUCCUCAACUGGCGUACGUGUACCAGACUUGAUUAGCAGUAUUUCAAAAAAACUACGGACAUUACUUUCGGCAGGUUCACGAAGAUCGCCUAUCAGCCUCGACGAGGAGGAUGAAGAUGAUGAUGAGAUGGAAGAUGUGGAAGAAGACGAGAGCGAAGAUGAUUCUGGCUUCUCUGACGAAGAGGAAGAAGACUUCCCAGACGAGCCCAUAACCUUUUCUAGCGGUAAUACUAUACCCAUGUCGACUAGUAGACUCACGCCCAAAGCUGCUGCACAACUGAACCGACGCAUUCGAGCAGACAUUCGUACUGUCCGAUUGCUGGGUCAUCGAAUCGGAAUUCUAAGUGGCAUGACGGCUGAAUCUCACAGUGGGAUUCUUAGCAUCUCCAUCCAGGCGACUAAGUUGGGCUUAUCCGAAGAGGCGAUGCAAGCUUGGGAUAUUGAGCCUAACCAAUAUUUAACUUUACUUAUACGCUACUCGGAUGGGUACAAACCCUUCGAGACACUGAUUGUCGAACCAGCCAAAAAUAGUGGGAUUGACUUCCGUGUUGGAGUCUGUAAUGGUUACAAGCCAUCCGCAGCUGCAGCAUUCUCGGCGUUCUCGGACUCAACCAAGGUCGGCGACAAAGCUACUAAUAACGAUGGUUCGGAUUCACAGGAACAAAGCGGAGAAUUCUCCAAUAUAUUCAUCAGUAGCUCCUUGAAUGAAUUCAUCAAUACUAAAAUAAUAUCAUUACUCAAGAUUCGCAACGCAACUGGCCUUGGAUGGGAAAACGCAAAGAAGUUUUUCGAUGAACGCCUAGGACGACCACUUGAAGAAAAUGCCGAUUUGUAUUCUGAAAAUCAAUACUCGGGCGAGGACACAAUGAGGAGUCAUAUAUCGGGGAUUUUAGCCGAUGACCAUCUCACAGAUGAUCAGAGCGGUAGCUUGUCAUUUCCGCUUCUUGCUGCACAAUUUGCGUUGAUGUAUCUAGUCCGCUGCACAGAAUUUUGUCUUGUCUGCCACGAUAGGAUUACAGGAGAAUUUGAGGCACUGAAACCUUAUGUUUGCGAAAAGCCCUUGUGUUUAUAUCAAUACAUGUCCUUAGGUUUUGGACCUAGUGUCGAACAUGAGAUUAAAACCCAGCCUUAUGUUGUGGACCUUCUCCUGAGCUUUUGUUAUACCAGUGCUUUUGGCGCUCGAAUCCGUGAGUACCCUACAGGCAUGAGUCUUUCUGUUCCCUCCGCCAUCGUCACAGGCCACAUGGCACCUCAAGACUCAUCCUCUGCCCCGGCUGUUGUGGACCAGCCAAGCGAUGGCCGUCGAGACAAAGAGUUCAAGAUUAAGUACAACAGUGAAGCUUAUGAGUGUACGUUCGAGGGAAUGCCUGAGAUCUUAAAUCCUCCUGUUCGCAAAGGAGACUGGGUCCGUAUUUUGGUUGGACCCGGGCCAGAUACUGGAGUUCAAGCACUCCAUUCUAGAGUAGAGGAUGUAACCUCGAUGCCGAUUGUAAAACUUUCGCAACCGAUCCCACAAAUGGCUCCAUUAAGUACAUACCAAAUCUCAGGGACCGGCCAUAUAUCAACGGCCAGUCCCGCAAACAUGUCCGCGGCUCGGAUGUCUAUUUAUAAUAGCAACUUCGAUGAGAUGUCUAUCACAGAAAAACGCAGCACUGUAAUAAUGCUUCUUAACACUCUACCAACCAUCCAGGAGUUAAGAGAAUAUAUCGACCGACAAAGCCGGACUGGAGAGCCGAACCUUCGUAAAUGGACAGAGCGUAUAUCACCAGCGGCUCUAGGUUUACUACGAUGGGUUAUAGCUUCUAAUCGGUCAUGCCUCGUUCAAGUCGAUAAAUACCCUUGUCAAGUUGAUAGUGUUUUGACUGAUGCAAAAAUUAGACCAGAUCAAAAGGUCUCUCAAAUUGGGGAAAAUUGGAUGCAGUUUCGUUUCGCGCAAGGAUCGCCAGACAAGGAACAACGAUUCUUAAAUGCUCUUAAAGAACAGCAAGCUAAUUUAGAUCCAAAGUAUCCUACUCUGUUUGCUUUUCAUGGUAGUGGCCUGCAAAACUGGCAUAGUAUCAUUCGACAUGGAUUGGAUUUCAAAGAAACUCUCAACGGACGAGCAUACGGACAUGGCGUUUACCAUGCACAAGAUCAAAACACAUCUUGUCACUAUAGUAAUGGUCGAAACGUUGCAAGUUUCUGGCCUGGAUCUCAACUCAAAGCUACAGCUGUGAUGAGCAUUAACGAGAUUAUCAAUUGUCCAAAACAAUUUGUUAGUUCGAGCCCAUUUCUAGUAGUACAGCACAUCGAUUGGAUUCAAUGCCGAUAUUUGCUUGUUCAAAUCGAAGGCCAGGUGAUUGCAACUCCAGCUCCGACUAGGGAGGCCCAGUCAGAAAUCGAACAAGAUCCCCAGUAUACAGCAACAUCCACAAACAAGAAACCUAUCGGUGUCCCAUACUGUGCUGCCUUAGUCUCUAGAGGAUUUCGUAAUGAUGGCGUCGGUAGUUCUUCCCCAAACAAGAAACUGAAAGGACUAUCUUCUUUGAACGGGACGGGAUAUGUGAGCGAAGAAGAGGACAUUGAGGAUACGAACUUUCUAAUUUCUGAUGAUGAAGACGAAGUGGAAAUAUUAUCUUCUGGUUCCAGGAAUCCAGAGGCUCCAAAAACUGAUUUUGUUCCUGGAUCACUUGACCAAAGUAAACUUCCAAUGCUGGGACCUCCAGCGUAUGCUACACCGUCUGCAACCAUGCGUCUUAAUAGGGAAUUACAAGCGAUCCUUAAGAUACAAAAUUCUACACCCCUUCACGAAUUAGGAUGGUAUCUUGAUGAAAAUCUUGUUGAUAACAUAUACCAAUGGAUCGUCGAGCUACACUCCUUUGAGUCCACCUUACCACUGGCCAAAGAUCUCAAAGAAUCGGGCCAAAGCAGCGUUGUUAUUGAAAUUCGCUUUGGGAAAGAAUACCCUCACAGCCCACCAUUUGUACGCGUUGUAAAGCCACGAUUCUUACCCUUUAUGUCUGGUGGUGGCGGUCACGUAACAGCCGGUGGAGCAUUAUGUAUGGAACUUUUGACGAAUUCUGGCUGGAGCGCCGUCUCCUCAAUUGAGUCCGUUCUCUUACAAGUUCGUCUUGCACUUAUGAGUAUGGACCCAAAGCCUGCACGUCUGGAAAGCAAAAAUCCACAGCAACAACGUGAAUAUGGAACUCAAGAAGCUAUGGCGGCUUUCAUCAGAGCGUGUAACAUGCAUGGAUGGAAGAUUCCGCAGGAUUUUCAGGACUUUGCUGCUCCUGAUCUUAAUCAGUAUUAAGUUUGGGAAGCUCCAUUCAGGAACACAACAAGAAAGUAUCAAACAAGGAGUGAAGGGAGAAAGGAGUGGUAGGGAGAGGUGGAAUAUAUGCGCGCGGACUUAGGGAUUACUUUUGCUUCUUUGCUGAUCUGAUCUAAAUUUCUGAUUGGACUGGCUGGCGUUAUGAAAAACUCAAGAUGAGAUAUCAUGAUAAGAUGACUGGACCUGGUGGAUAGAUACCCAAACAAAUGUGCUAAGGGGUUUUACAGGGGAGAAUUAGGCGUCAAAUUGUGCAAUGGGUUGGUAUGGUAUCAGACUAUUACAUUUAUGUGAGAUUUCUCUUACAGAAAUCGGCAUGAUGAUUAGUCAGUUAGAUGAAUAGAUGGGUAGAUACAUGAUUUCUUCCCUUGACAAGAUUUGCUGUAUUUUGUGGGCAGUGGAGUGAGUGAGUGAGCCACUGGAUGUACUUCUUAUCAAAUGCUGCUAGGUCUGAUGAAUUCGAAAACUUA